AUGAGUAAUGAAUCUGGUAAUUCGAGUGGAGUCUCUAGCGAUCGGACAAGAGGUCGCGUUGUUGGUAAGAGAUUUUGGUGUGGAGAAUUAACAAUCCCCUUAACGUCGAAGUCGACCACGAAUCCUUACAGGAGAUACAUUCGGUGUGAUGUUGCGGUGGAGAGAAAGAAAAUUGACCACUUCUUCACACUCAUCUUUUCUUCUUCACAUAUUCACUUCUCAGGCUGUGUGAAAACACCUUGGGAAGCUUCAGGCUAA